GCCAAGGGCGCGUGUUGUUGACGUCAUGGUGUCCUCUGAUGCCGCAGGUCAACGUGAUUUUUGAAGCAACUGAGCCGAAACAUGAGGUGUUAAAUCUGUCUGUAUACUUUAGGGUUUAAGCUAAGUUUUAAGGCGAAGUUUUGUACAGUACAAGAUGUCUGCAUUCAGUAGGAGCGCGCUCUUGUUGUCUCUUGUUCGCUGUAUCAGGAGACAGCAGCAGUUUCCAUGCGUGGAGACUCUCAAUCCUAUUAAAACUGCGCAGUUUACAGUAGCACGAGGUCGAGGUGUUCAUUCAUGGUCAGCGAGAUAUUUUGCAGAUCACGAAAUCAAGAAUCCAUGGACAUUAUAUCAGCGAAGACUGUUUACUGAGGCACCGUCUAAGGAAGAUGAGUAUCCACCACUACCAGAAUACACCCCUCAUGAAGAGCCCCAAGCAAAGGAAGUGUUCAUCAUCCAGGCCAAGGGUUUUCCUUGGGCAUGUACUGCAGAGGACUUGAUGAACUUCUUCUCUGAUUGUAGGAUCCGAGGUGGAGUCGAGGGAAUCCAUAUAAUUCACAACAGGAACGGCAAAUCGAUGGGACAGGCGUUUAUUGAGCUGGAGCACGAGGAGGACGUUUGCAAAGCAUUGGAUCUGCACAAACAUUACCUGGGACAGCGCUUUGUUGAAGUCUAUGAGGUGACAAACAAAGAUGCUGAAGCCAUAUUAAAAGCUACACAGCAGUGUACAGAGUCGGAUGGAGCAGUGCGACUCAGAGGACUUCCCUUCAGCUGCUCAGAGAAAGACAUCAUUCAGUUUUUCUCUGGGUUGGAGAUUGUGGAAGAUGGAGUUACAAUAGUCCUGGAUAGGAAAGGAAGAAACUCAGGCGAUGCUUUUGUGCAAUUUGCCACUAAGGAAAUGGCUGAAGAGGCCCUAAAGAAAGACAGAGAAGUCAUAGGAAACAGGUAUAUUGAGAUUUUCCCCAGCAGGAAAAGUGAGAUCCAAGUCCAGCAUGGAAGAGGGCGAAAUGAGACGUCAUCUUUCACACCAGGAGCUGAGGACACGCCACGCACAAUGAAAGCAGCAAACAGUAGCUCUAUAUCAACAACACACAAUUUCAUUCACAUGAGAGGUCUGCCAUAUGAUGCCACAGGAGAAGACAUUGUCAAGUUUUUCGGUCCCAUCAGACUGGUGAAGGUUCUUGUAGAGUACGGCCCUGAAGGACGACCCACCGGUGAGGCAGAUGUUUACUUCAGAACACAUCAAGAUGCCGUUUUAGCCAUGUCCAAAGACCGAGAGUAUAUAAUGAAGAGAUAUAUUGAGCUGUUCCUGAAUUCAUCAGCAUCAAGGGAGGAACAAUAGGAUGAAAGUAAACUAUUUAAACUGUCUUAAUGCAUUGCAUCCCAGCCUAUUUAAGUGAUUCCAUGUAUAUUACAAGAAUACAUAUAACCAACAUUAAAAGAGAACUUUACAAUUA